AUGGAAAUACAGGUAGUCAGGGUUAUCAACAGGCGCUCCGAUGAUACCACUUGCAGUUCCAGAAUCAUGCCUCCACGAAAAGCUAUUCGAGGUCGUCCUGCAAGGAAGAAUGUUGAUCCUCAGGAUCAAUGGGUACCCAAUGCACCAGAAGUGCAACCCAAGGAAAGCCAAGUUGUGGCUAACCAAGCUAGUCAGCAGAGAGGGGUUCGACAUGAUGUGGCUGAUACAUCUAUAAUCCGUGAGUUCUUGAGGAUGAAUCCUCUAGAAUUCACAAGUUCAAGUGUCACUGAGGAUCCGAAGAACUUUGUGGAGGAGUUUCAUAAAGUGUUUGAGGUGAUGCAUGUUGCAGAUGCUGAACCUGUGGAGGUAGCUUCAUACCAACUGAAGGGUGUUGCUAGGGUCUGGUACGACCAAUGGAUGAAGAGUAGAGCUGAAAGGACACUAAUUGUGAGCUGGGUUGUGUUCGAAGAGGCAUUCUUAGGGAGUUUCUUUCCCCGUGAGCUGAGGGAGGCGAAGGUUGAGGAGUACAAGUUGAGAGAUAAAGAAGAAUUUUGUAACAAGAAGGCUAAGACUACAUGUAAUGAGUAUGUGCAGCAUAAAGGUAAUGUGAACCGAUCAUCUUUACAACAAAAGCCAAUUUGA